GGAUGUGCGAGAUAAUUGCAGUCAGAGGUGGUUGGUUUUGGCGCCGUUGGGUUGGGUUAAUGACUUUACUAUGUCAUGGCUCUCUGCUUCGCAGCAUCUUGGCUAGUUCUGCUGUAGUUGGAUCCGAGAUAUCCUCAACCGCCUAUGUUUUAUCAUGGUGAACAGCGAUAGCGCUAGCUUUUUUUACAUCUGCUCAAUCAACACAUUAGCCUGCAGAUCACGCCAACUGCACAGCCUCAGGCAUUUCAGGACAGUUACCUCAGCAAAGGCAAGUUCAGGACAUCUACGAACUAGGGUGAAUUGUAGACACAAUCCGAAUGCACGAUGCGGGUAUCGUUUCACGGAAGAAAAUAAAUCAGGUAGAAGAGCCCGUUCACCCCCUCGACAAGAUCACCAGUCCUGCUCCUUUCGCUUUAGUCUCGGUAAAAUAAGAGUUUGCCGCUAACUAAUGCAAGGAUGUAAAACAAUGUAGGAUGGAGGUAUCCGACGGUCCCUGGCGCACUCGUCUCUUAUUAAGAUCCGCGUGGUCUAGAUCUAAAUCGAGUAUGGUUGGUUUACCUUUUGCCG